AUGGAUCCGGUAACAAAAGCACUUAUAGAUAACAUUAAAAAUGUUCCUACGCCUGCUAUAAUGAAAGAAGUGAAGUGCGAAGUUUGCAAUAUCAUGGUUUCAAGCUAUUUAUAUUUCAAAACCAUAUUUUAUAGGAAGCAUAAAAACCAGUUGAAAUUACGAAUAAGAACAAAGUCGAUAAACUUGAAAUGUGUCAUCUGCAAUCAUCUGUCAAAGAAUCCAGCGGAAUGGGAACUUCAUGUGACCAGUGAAUUGCAUGUGGAGAAUGCUAAGAAAUAUAAACCAUUACCUAUACCUGCAACGACUGUUGUACAAAAUACUGAACCUGCUCAAUCUACAAGUCAAUCGGAGAAUCCGAUACAACAAGAGAAUACUAAAAUAAUUCCCCCGUUAAUGCCUCCAGAGGAGCUCAUAAGACUAACGCACAACUUUGAAAAGAAAGAAAAUGAAAAGGCUUUGCGAAAAAUACUUUCAAAAAGCAAAAAGGAAUGGCAAUGUGUCAAUUGCAAUGUUACUUGCCAAUCAAAAUGUUCAUGGGAGGCUCAUUUAGCAUCAAAGAAACAUAAAAAGAGAAACGAGUUCAUCGAAGACGGAGUCAUUUUUUAUUGUAAGCGUUGUGAUGUUAGAAUGCAAACGAAAUUACAACUUGAAGUUCAUAUGAGCAGCAAUCAACAUAAAAUGAAUCAUCCAAUUGCACCAGUACCAGUAGCAAAUCCAUUUCCAUCCUAUCCUGUCCAAAAUAAUCCUCAACUUUUCAAUUUCGAAUCAUCUUCGUAUGGUUAUGGAUUUAGGAACUGGAAUGGGGAACAAUACAUGUUCAAUGCAAAACAAGCAAAUGUAUCGUAUUCUGAACUUCAGAAGCAGCAAGAGGAAGAGAGAGAGCGUCAAUUGGUUGAAAAAGCAAAGAAUGAACUUCUUGCAAGAUUUCCAUUCUAUGCUAUUAAUCAAAUAAAUAGUGAAAAUAAUUCAAGCUCUCCUGAUCAACAAGUCUGGUUGCCACCCGAAAAUAUUCCAUUACCGGUUGAAGCCCCACAACCAGUGGAACCACCAGCAGUAUUUAAUGUUUCAACAUCGCGACAAUAA